AUGACGCGUGCUCAAUUCUACGCUGAGCUAUCCUCCGUGAUACGGUCUGUGCCGAGGAGCGACCGACUAUUUCUGCUGGGUGGUUUCAACGCGCGCGUUGGGCGUUAUGCAUCAGCGUGGACAGAUGUUAUCGGUGCGCAUGGCAUUGGUUCAGCGAAUGCGAACGGUGACAGGCUGCUCUCACUGUGUGCCACUCACGGCCUGACAAUCACGAACACUCGGUUUGCACUGAGUGCGAGUGAUUUAGCAACUUGGACGCACCCACGGAGUGGUCACGCUCACCUGCUCGACUAUGUCACCGUACGUCAGCGUGAUAUGCGUGAAGUGCGCAUGACACAUGUACUGCGUGGAGCUAAGUGUGGCACUGAUCACAAAUUGGUUCGGACCAAACUGUACAUAUAUUUUGUUAAAUCGAUGUAUUGCACUCCCGCCGUGAAUCGGCGUAAAUUUAACAUUCUCUCCCUCGGUACUGUGGCGAAACCUACUGAGCUGCAGAAGGCGAUGGCUGCACGUCUGUGUGAUAUGGACUGUAUAGCCACAGUGGACGACCUGUGGCACCACAUUCGCGACCAGGUGACAGCUGCUGCCGAGGAGACCAUCGGGCGCGCAAACUGUAAGCGGCCUGAUUGGUUUGAUGACAACAAUGUGACGAUUGACGCAUUAGUAUCAGAGAAGAAUGCAGCAUUUGCUGCACACGCUGCAAACCCCAGUGACUUGGGGAAGAGUAGUCAGUUUCGCAAACUUCGACGGCGACUGACCCGAGAGCUCCGUCGCACUAAAAAUGCAUGGUGGACAGAGAAGGCGAAGCAGAUGGAAUGCUACGCCGAACGCCGUCAACACAAGGAAUUCUUUGACUCCUUGAAGGCGGUGUAUGGACCGAGAUUGGUGUCGCUGAGGACACUGAUCGAUGGUAGUUCGGGCGCUACCUGCACACCGACUGCAGACAUUAUGCAGGUCUGGCGGAAACACUUCGACUGUCUCUUGAACAACCGUUCAGAGAUCGACUGGCCUACAUUGAAUGGCCUGAAGCAGCACGAUGUGAAGGCGGAUCUGGCGGAUACGCCGAGACUGGAUGAGACGCAGAGGGCACUUGCUCAGCUUUGA